AUGGACAAACAAAAUAGGGUAUACGUGAAGAUUGAUGGAAGCGUCAGUUGCGACCUAAAGCAAUUAGCGAUCGAUCGGUUUUCGAAACCCGAUUCGGACAAGUUCAUAUUUUUGCUGUACAUCCGUGCUGGAGGUCUGGGCAUAAACUUGACCGCGGCCGCUACAGUGAUCAUGUUUGAUUCUGACUGGAAUCCGCAGAAUGAUCUUCAGGCAAAGAACUGUUGCGAGCGUUCUUGA